AUGUCAAGAGACUUGGAGCGAAAUCAAGAGGCAACGUGCUACAUCGGAAACUUGGAUGAGCGUGUAACAGAUGAGAUUGUAUGGGAGCUGAUGCUACAGGCAGGUCCUAUCGCGCACGUUUAUUUGCCAAAGGAUCGUAUAUCGCAAAUGCACCAGGGCUACGCAUUUGCUGAGUAUCAGACCAAAGGAGAUGCUGAAUAUUCUUGUCGUAUCCUGAACGGAAUAAAAUUGUAUGGAAAACCUAUUCGUGUCAAUUUGUCAUCGAAUGAAAAGCAAGAAGUGGAUAUCGGCGCGAACUUAUUUGUCGGAAAUUUGGAUUCAGGUGUAGAUGAACGUCUCCUGUAUGACACCUUUGCCACGUUUGGAGGUGUUGUUGGAGCGCCUAGGAUCGCGCGUGAUCCAACCACUAACGUGUCGAAAAACUAUGGAUUCGUAUCUUUCGAUUCUUUCGAGGCAGCAGACGCUGCAAUCGAAUCGCUGAACAACCAAUUUUUACUCAACCGACCUAUAACAGUGAUGUAUGCGCUUCGAAAGGAUGGAAAAAAUGGUGAGCGCCACGGGUCUGAGGCUGAACGUCUUGUUGCAGCCCAGGCGCGUAAACACCAUGUCCUUCCAACGGCUCAGGAUGCAUAUGGAAUGCCUUCAGCAUCAUGGCCCGCUACCUCAGGUAAUGUUCUGCCAGGGGCUGGCUGA